AUGAGUUUUAACGCCUCGAAACCAUUACUUUCAGGGACUAACCGUCCAACGAUGCGUAUUCGGUUAUUCUUGGGGUUACUGGCCGGUUCUAUUAGAGCACAGAAUGUCGCCAAUGGUCAACUUGCCGAACCCGGAUCGAAUGCUGGAUUCAUAUCGCGAAUUAAUCAAAAGGGCUUCGAUCUGAUGGCUGGCUAUCUUGGUGAUCGAGUUAAACGAUUUCUGGGCGUUGGAGAGCUCGUCUUCAACAUCUCAGCUCCAGUGUCAUCUGACAUGCAAAUUACCCUUUCAUCCUUGAGAGUCACGGAGUUUGAUUCGCAAGCUUUCACCUCGAAGAUGAUUGUCAUUCCUGGAAAGGGAAUCGCAUGGCGGGUAAGGACGUGCAUAUUUCUCUCAACUUCCGUUUUUUUCCGAUUUCUCUCUAGAAUACUUUUCCUUACUCUCUUGACACCUUGUACAGUCACACUCAUCGAUGCCACCUAUUCUGAGAGAAAGGGGGCAGCUCUCAAUUGA